UGUGUGGGGGACACGUCUCGGUUCAAGCGCUGCACUAGGGAACCUGUCGCUGCGAUCUCUCGGCUCGGUGAGUGCGGUACGGAUGAGCGCUCAGGGGCUGGGGCUCCUAUGGUUUAUAGUUCUCCUGUGUUCCGCACAUUGUUCUUUGGGCUCUGAGAAUGUUCAGUGGGUUCCGGUAUCAUCCGACCUGCGGAUCUGUGGCCUCACAUGUGAAUCACUUGGGAUUUAUACCCUCGAUCUUGCACCUGAUAAACCCAUCCUGGAUUUCGCUUGUUCAGACAAAUCCCUGAGGAUAUACAGCAUGUAUGAUACACGGAUUAACCUGAAUGUAUCCACGGGCUGCUGCUCCAUAGCCAAUGCUGGGAAAUCAGACAGAGGGGACUAUGUGCUGUAUUUCUAUGGGACAGAUGGGAAGAAGAGACUGGCUACACAGGCAAUCUGGGUUAUAGACCCAGUGUGUGUGACCAACAUAAGCGCCAGGCACAAUGGAGAAAAUGUGAGUGUGAGUGUUUCCUACAGUGGGGAAGAGGCGACAGUUGUGUGGGCAUGGAACGGGGGAGCCCUGCCUGAGAGACACCAGCUGAGUGACAGUAACAAGACUCUCACUGUACCCAGUACUGACACCGGCACAUUCACCGCCCUUGUCUCCAACCCAGUCAGUCACAGCAGCGCUCACUAUAACCUCACACUGACAGACUCAGCAUUUGCCUGCAGAUCCCUAGGAUGGAGAAUUGGGAUCAUUGCAUCCGCACUUGGUGUUGUUUUUCAUGUUUGGUGCCAUGUUAAAAUGAACCACGAACAGAAAGACUGAGACAGAAGUUAUGAUGCCAGUUAUAUUACAUCAUUAUAAGUGCAAUGUUUUGGGCUAAAGUGCCGCAGUAAAUUUUGUGUGGUGAACUUUUUUUGUGCAAGUGAUACUGUGCCAUAUAGUGUUAUCCCUACUCCAAUGGAAUAGAGGAUUUCUGACACAUAAUUGCUUCUAGGAAGUAUUCUAUAUGUGUAUAUAAUAUCUGUGUAAUAAGGAUAACUGUAAACUUGCCCAGAACAACUACCCACAAUAAAUGUUUUGCAGUAAACCUGC